AUGGAACAAACCAUCCCGAAAAGCGGCUCUAAUGGCGGCCUCGAAAAAACCCUGAAAGAGGUCAUUCGCGAGGAUCACGCCGACGCAAGAGACCUCCACUGGAAAUCCCUCAAAGACGGUAUCCGCCUCCACCACGCCAGCACCGCCUGGGCCGCCGCCGUCGCCGGAUCCGCCAACACCCGUCCCCGCAACCUCUCUCGUACCGCCUCCGUCCGAUCCCCUCAGAAACAUCCUCCAUUCGGCGACGAGCGGGCGCUGUUGCAGCGCCCCCGCCCGCCGGCGAAAGAGGAAUCGAAGAAGACGUCCCUGAAGGCUCUGCUGGCUGAAGGCGGGGAAUAUUCCGACGAUGAGGAGGGGGACAGGGGACGUGUGGGGAGAGAAGACGAAGAUGAGGAAGAUGAGGAGGAGGGGGGGAGUGAAGGGGGAAUGGCGCGUACGUGCGGCGUCUGUAAUGUGCGGCAUAAGGGGACGGCUUUCAUUCCUUGCGGCCACACUUUCUGCCGGCUUUGUUCGAGGGAGCUUCGGGUAAGCCCUGGAAACUGCCAUCUCUGCAAUGAGUUUGUUCUUGAGAUUCUAGACAUCUUUUGAUCUCUAUUUCUAUUAUGGGGGGCAUUUAGGUAUAGGACACCCAAUUCUCAUACAUUUACAUUUCUAAAGAUUAAAGUUUGAUUUCUGUGUUUAUAGAUCUUGAAUGUUUUAUAGCAUCACUAUUUUAUCUUUUAGAAAAUAAAAAGAGUUUUUUUUCAUGGAUUUAUAGGAUGAAAUGUGUGUAAGAGUUGAGGUUUAGAUGUUGGAUAUGUAUAUACGUUGGAGUUUAGUGGUGUGCAUGCAAAUCUUACCUUUUUUUAUAGAUUAUUAUAAUUAUAUAACUAAGAUUGUGAGCAUAUAAAUAU